AUGUGCACCACCACCGUCACCAUCGCUGAUGCCGACGGGUUUUCAAACCUGCCAUCCGAGGAUGCCUCCAUCUCCCUUGUCAAGAAGGUUCCGGCCCGGAAGCUCCAUUGCUUCCGACCAACCAGUUGCCAUUUCUCUAGCUGCUGCACCCGCCAGCGAUGGCUAGAGCCAAAAGCGUUGAGCUCCUGCCGAUGGCAUUUCGAACAGGAGGAGCAGGAUAUGGAGAAAGAAAAUGCAGCUUAUGUCGUUAACUGUUUGCAUCUAGGUUCAUUGUCGUCGCACCGCGUUGCCAACCUCGCUAUGUCGCCCCCGCCUAGCGCCGCAGAUUACCCAGCCCACCAAUCACGAGCUGUCACAGGACCCACUUUCAACGACAUCUGA